ACAGUUACUUCCUCAAAAGUGCGAGAAAACAGUUUUUAGUUCGGAACUCGGAAAAUUUCAUUUUUACAAGUGAUAAAAUGGACGUGAAAUGAUAAUUUUGGUACAAUACAAAUGAAGAUUUCUGUGUGGUGUAAAAAAACAUCAAUUGUGACCCUUACGUAUAAUAUUCAAAAGGAUUAGAAACAUUGGAAAAGGAUUCAGUAAAGUGUUUAUAUUCUGCUGCAUUAGGAUGGAGACCUCCGCUGCUUGCCUGACAUGCAUAAAGAACUUGGCUGAAGGAGACGGAUCUCUCAAAAUAAACGAAAAUAAGCACAUUCAAACUGCUUUGAGUAAACAUUUUUGGUUCACGGAAAGUCACUAUCUCAGUGGCACAAUUUGCCAGAACUGUUGGAACAAGGUAGAUGAGUUCCACCGGUUCUACUGUGAGGUAGAGAAGCUUACCUUUUUCGAGGUUCAAUUGCUGGAGAUCAAACAGGAGGAGGUGGAUUUCCAGCCAUCCUCUCCGGAACUGGUGGACCCAACAAAGGUUGAGGAAGGCGAAUACAAUUUCUGUUCGGUAAAGGAGGAGGAUUCGAGCGAUGGGGAGCUAAACAGGGAAACCAGACAGGGCAAAAAAGCGAAACGUACGAGAGUGCAGAAAAGAGAGCUAGACGAUGUCCAGGAAUACGUUUCGAAACAUAUGAAACUGAAAUGUGACACAUGUUCCAAGCAGUUCAAAACGUUCGAUCAUUUACAGAGGCAUUCCCUGAAGGAACACGGAAAACGUGCCACUGUGGUGUGCUGUGAUCUCAGGCUCGCAAUCGCCUAUCGAUUCGUGGAUCACAUUCGGUACCAUCUGAAUCCAAGCCGGUUCAAGUGCCAGCAGUGUACGAAGAGAUGCGUCAACAGGGAAUCAUUGCACAGGCACGUUCGAACAGCCCAUUCGCCAGAGCCAGAAGAGCCCGUGAGCAAACGAGAAGAAGUCGAUUUGCAGCCUGUGAAGUUGGUGGAUCCUAUCAAAACUAAGGAAACGGAAAAGCCUCCGGAAUCGGACACUAAAGUAGAAGAAACCGUUGCAGACAUACUUGUCGAAGCGAACCAGGAACUCGAUAACAGCGAUAACAAUGAAAGUAAUGACGGCAAUAAUGAGGAUGAUUACAAACAAGAGGACUAUUCGAAUGAGUCCGACAGCUCGGAGGAUGAUGCUGACUCUGAUGAGGAAAAUGCGGAUAAUAAUGAUAACGAUGAUGAUUACCAGGAGGAAGAAUUCCAAAUUGGCAAACGAACAAGACUGAAAAGUUCAGAGAUGGGGGAAAUACAGGAAUACGUAUCGAAGAACAUGACGCUAGAGUGUGACACCUGUUCAGAGCGUUGUGAAACUUUCGACGACUUACAGAAACAUUCCCAGGACAAACACAAAAAACGAGCAAUCAUUCGGUGCUGCGAUUUCAAGCUCGCCAACAGCUACCGAUUUGUGGAUCACAUACGGUUCCAUUUGAAUCCGGAUCGCUUCAAGUGUUCUCAGUGUGAGAAGAAAUGUCUCAAUCGGGAUGCGCUGAGGAGGCACGUCCAAAAGGUCCACACCCCGGAGGACGAAAAGAAGCAUCACUGCGCAGUGUGUUUCACGAAGUUCUCCACUCGGAAGGCGAUGGUCAGGCACUCGAAGGUGCACGAAGAGUUCGACCCGAAGGAAGGUGGUGGCACCAGGAAGCGCAAGUAUGUGGAACGAGCCAAACGGGACAUGGAGAACGAGAAGAUGAUCGCAGAAUUCAUUAAUCUGGAGUGCGAUUCGUGUCAUAAGAAGUUCGACACGUUCCUAAUACUGCAAAAACAUUCAAUGCUGGAGCAUAAGAAACUUUCGUAUGUGUUCUGCUGUGGUCAAAGGUUUAACAAAAAACCACGUCUUGUAGACCACGUCCACUUUCAUCUCAACCCGACCAAAUUCCAGUGCAAGAUCUGCCAAAGAAAACUUCCACACACCGAGUCACUUAGGCGGCAUAUGGACAGAAACCAUUCGGAAGAGGCGAAAACCUUCAAGUGCACCAUGUGCCCGAAGAUGUUUACGCACAAAAAGUUCCUCUCUAUUCACGAACGGUGGCACAACAGACGGUGGCACUGCGACAUAUGCGAUAGGCGAUUCAUCUGCGAAGCCAUUCUCAAGCAGCAUCAUCGCUCGGUGCACACCAAAGAGCUGAACUACGUCUGUCACGUGUGCGCCAAGACGUUCCACAUCUACUCGACGUAUCGGUCGCAUCUGGAGUCGCACGACGAAACGAUCAAGAAGAAACCCCAGAAGCCGCCGGUGCAGUGUCAAGUUUGUCAAGCAUGGACUCCAAAGUUGUCGCAUCACAUGCGGCUGCACUCGGGAACGCGGACGUGCGAAAUCUGCGGACAGGAGUGCAAGAAUGUUAUCGCCUAUCGGUACCACACGAAGCAACACCAAACGGGGGAUCACAUGUGCUCCGUUUGUGGGAAAGGGUUCAAGAAGGAACUUUCGCUGAAGGAACAUAUGGCGUCGCAUACCGGGGUCACGCUGUACAGUUGCGACUUUUGUGAACGGACGUUCAACUCGAACGCCAACCGGGCCGCGCAUCGGAAGAAAAUGCACCCGCAACAGUGGCUCGAGGACAAGCUUAAGAAGAAGUUGGCACGAUACGGUGGAACGCUACCGCCGGAGGCAGCGGAGACGGUGUAUGUACCGAAAUACUUUAUCAUCGUAUCGACGAUCAGCACCGCCGAAAGUGAGAAGCAGCUCAGUGCUCAUCUACUCAUUUGUCUGCUCACCAGUUUGCCGUUCACUCACGUCACCUAUUGCAUGGAAGGUCCCCAACCCGGGACGCAUAGUCAUAUACUGGUGAUGCGACGGUACCAAGAAGGCGGUAAAAGCCAGACGCAAGGCCCUCCGAGCGCUGUUAAAAGCCAAAAAACGUCUUCCAGCCGACGACCCACGCCAGCUACCACGCCGCCAGAAAUGACUGCCGACAAACUCUGCGCGAAGCAAAAGACAAAGCCGGGACCUACUUCCUCGUCGGCAUCAACCCGGAACAAUCCUCGUCUAGUGGUACCAAUGCCGAAGAGUCAAGGCCCUGCAAACGAGGCGGGGUGUUACCGCUCCAUAGCCUUAACAAACGUCGGCUACAAAAUUAUGGAGCGGAUGGUAAACCGACGGCUAACCCCCUUCCUAGAAACUACUGGUAAGCUUGAUCAUCGACAGCACACUUUCCGACCCGGCCGUGACACCAGGACCUACCUCGCCUCCCUAGCCCAAAUCAUAGAGGACGCGAAAGCCCAAGUGGUCGAUCCGCCGAAUUGCCGUCAGAUCGUCAAGCGUCGCUCAUUUUACGAGUACUACAAUAUCGGACACGUGGUCCCAGGUAUGUCUCCGUCAUCUCUCCCCAACAACGUGAUCUGUCCUCCAACAACAAUGGGCCCCAACGAAAAACAGCAUUUUGUCUCUUUUCCGGAGAACUUGGAAAACGACUUCGACGAUUUUCCUGAUGCCGUAGCGUACGACUACCGGAAAGCCGACCACGAAAGUAUUGUCGAAGUGUUGGGAAGUAUGGACUGGAGUUCGAUAUUCUCCAACGACAUCGAGAAUGCUGCUUUUACUUUUUCGCACGUCUUGGCCUACUUCUCUGACGUUUUCAUCGACAAGCAGCUGUCCGACGCCGAAGUUACUCUCGCAGCGAAUAACGUCCCACUGUUCGGCCAAGCACUGAGCAAUAUCGACAUCGACGCCGAAAUGAUCUCGACUGCAGCUUCACGACUCAAGCUUUCAUUUAACCCCGGCCCUGAUGGUGUCCCCUCUGCACUCCUGAAGAAAUACAUUUCUAGUUUGCUAACACCUCUGCUUGCGCUGUUUAGGCUAUCUAUCUCCAAUGAACCAAUUAAUUUCGAUUAUAAGCUACUUGACUCCACGAUCGAACUCAGGAGGACUCAGGUGAAAGAUUUGGGGGUUAUCAUCGACUCCCAAUUCACGUACAAGCUGCACAUCUCAUGUGUCGUGGACAAGGCUUCCAGAGCGUUAGGAUUUAUCUUUCGCACUACAAAGGACUUUUCCGAUAUUGAUUGUCUGAAGUCCUUGUACUCCUCGCUGGUACGUUCUAUACUGGAAUACGGCUCCGCAGUGUGGAACCCGAGCUAUAACAACGGUUCCGACAGAAUCGAGUCGGUGCAACGCCGAUUUUUGCGUUUCGCACUACUGGUCGAUCCGCCGAAUUGCCGUCAGAUCGUCAAGCGUCGCUCAUUUUACGAGUACUACAAUAUCGGACACGUGGUCCCAGGUAUGUCUCCGUCAUCUCUCCCCCAACAACGUGAUCUGUCCUCCAACAACAAUGGGCCCCAACGAAAAACAAGCAUUCCCAAUCGUCUGGCGCAGCAGCACGGCCACCUCAAUCUCAAAACACUCACCGUGGGCGCUCUCUCGACAGACUUCCGUAAAGAUAACCUUCAAACUUAUUACCAGAAUGCAGGCGGCAUCAAUUCCAAUGUCCUGGAUUACCACCUGGCCACUUCGGCCCAAUGUUAUGACGUGAUGGUGUUAACGGAAACCUGGAUCGAUAGUCGCACACUCUCUAAUCAAGUAUUCGAUUCCGGUUACGAGGUACACCGCUGCGAUUGUAGUUCACGAAACAGCAGAAAGUCUUCCGAUGGUGGUGUUUUAAUCGCAGUAAGAUGUGGUUUGAAGGCUAGAGUCAUCGAAAAUUCUGAAUGGGAACGCUUAGAGCAGAUCUGGGUGACCAUCGUCCUGCAAGAUCGCCUCCUUCAUAUUUGCGCUGUUUACAUUCCUCCUGACAGAACUAGAGAUCUGGUUUACAUCGAUACUCAUUGCCACUCUGUUUCAUCUAUAGUGGAAAAUAUGGCCUCAAGCGACGAAGUUAUUGUUCUAGGAGAUUUCAAUUUACCCGGUGUCUCAUGGAAACCAUCUCACAAUGGGUUUCUUUAUCCUGACGGCGAACAUUCCACUUUCCAUUCCGGGGCAUUGAAGUUAAUCGACAGCUACAGCGCGGCGACGCUAGUUCAAGUUAAUCACGUCGUAAACGAAAAUCUAUGUUUUGUGAGUGCCAGAGACGUCGCUCCAUGCAUCUACAUGACCCCUGCUCCUUUGGUCAAAAUCGUCCCGCAUCAUCCACCUUUAGUUGUCUCUUUUCCGGAGAACUUGGAAAACGACUUCGACGAUUUUCCUGAUGCCGUAGCGUACGACUACCGGAAAGCCGACCACGAAAGUAUUGUCGAAGUGUUGGGAAGUAUGGACUGGAGUUCGAUAUUCUCCAACGACAUCGAGAAUGCUGCUUUUACUUUUUCGCACGUCUUGGCCUACAGCAAAAUCAUUGAGCUGGCUGAUUUCCUCGAUGAGAGAGAGAUCGACGUGGCGUUCAUCACGGAAACGCACCUGAAGCCCGAGGUGAGUGUACAUAUUCCGGACUUCCGUGUGGUGAGACUCGAUCGGUCCAACUCCAGGGGAGGAGGUGUGGCUAUCGCACUGAGGAACAACGUCAGUUGUCGUCUGCUGCCAAGUCUGCAGCUUAAGAUCAUCGAGGCUGUUGGGAUAGAAGUCACCACUCUCAUCGGAGUAAUCACCCUCAUCGCGGCCUACUGCCCAACUCAAGCCAAGGACAUCGAUGGUACAUCGACCGCCCUUCGGGGGGACAUUGUCAAGCUUACGCGGCGGCAAGGUCAGUACAUCAUUGCCGGUGACCUAAACGCGAAAACUCAGCUCGGAUUACUACCCGGUGGUGUGGUGGUCGAAAUCGGUUCUUCGAUUAACCGUCACCAACUCUCCAGAAGGAACUACCAUCGAGUGAGCUGGCAGCGGUUCCAGCAGUGCGUUGACAACACCAUCGACUACGAGGUGCGUCCGGAGAUGCCAGAAAGUGAAGAGGCAAUCUCGGUGGCCAGAGAACAGCAUGUUCCAAAGGCUCGUCAGUUAAUCUUAAACAUAAAACUUAGAACUUUUAAAAAGAGCAAUGUAAAUCAGCUUAAACAAUUUGUGCAAAACACGAUAGUAAACAUUAACAGUGAUGCCAAAGCUGUUGAAUUUUCUCAUAUAGGAAGGGGAAGGACGAUACCUAAGGGCACAGAAUUAGACAGCUGGGGCAAACAAAAAAGAAAAGCCAAACAAUUAAACAAAAGAAAAAUAUGUUUGUUUUCCAUUAUCAGUCGUAAACUUGUCAAAGUGCUGCUGAUUAUUAGCAUCGUUGGAAGAAAAUACUCCGAAACGAUUAUGUCCACCGUGGAACCAUGUCUAACGUGUUUCCGCAAGACGGACAAUUAUCUGCGCAUCACGGACGACACCAAUUCCGACGACGUGGAGCGGAUUGUCACCACUCACUUUUGGUUUUCGGAAACGGAAUGUUCCAGCAGUGUGUUGUGCACCAGCUGCUGGGAGAAAAUUGACGAUUUUCAUAAAUUCUACUGCGAGGUGCGCCGGGUCCAUUUGGAUAAUGAGGCCGACGAUCCGUCGGCCGGAUUGCAGAUCAAGGUUGAACCGCUGGAAGGUGCAAUUGUGGAUACGGCAAUCAAGCGAGAAGAUGCUGCCGAUUCGAAGAAAGUUGUCGAUGCUGAUGCUGAGGGGGAGGAUGUGGAUCGACUGGAAGCCAAAGCAACGGAACUUGAUGAAAUAAAAGACGAGGAAAGUGAAUCGGAAAAAAUCGUUGAGGUGCCAGUCAAGAAGAAGCGAGGGCGCAAACGGAAAAAUCCGGAAGUUGUAACGGCGCCGAAGCCAAAGGUGGUAAAACCGGUGGAAGUUAUUGUAGAGCCGGAAGAGGAACCCCAGACGGAUGAUGAUUCCGAUUGGGAACCACCGCGUGAUGAUGACUCCGAUGAAGAACUGUUGGUCAACAUAAAACGAACGAAAGGGGAAAAGAAACCGAGGAAAAAGUACGCCAAACGGAAACCGAGGAAAGAGGACGUGGAUCGGUCCAUGAUUGGAAAAACAAAGGCAACCAUCGCCAAGGAGGAUGAGUUCAUCCGAAGAUACUGUCCAAUCUUUUGCGAUAAAUGCAACUUCAGCUCCGACACGUUCGGCGAGCUAAAAUAUCAUACCACAACUGUGCACAACUGCAAUCCGAUGGUCGUUUGCUGCGAUCACAAAUUCUACAAGCGAUCGUUCCUCUACCAGCAUGCCCAAUUUCAUGAGGACCCGGACAAGUUCAAGUGCGACAUUUGUUCCAAAACUUUUCACAGUGGUCUGGCACUGAGACUUCAUCAGGACUAUGCCCAUGUGAAGGACGAGGAGAGAAUCUACAAGUGCGAUGUUUGCCAGGCAAGUUUCGCCAAAGCUUAUCAUCUAACGUCCCACCGCUUGAAGCACACCUCGAUCGCGGAGAAGCGCUUCUACUGCGUCGAGUGCGAUAUCGCGUUCCGAACCAACCAAUCGUACCGGACGCAUUUGCACUCGAAGCACGGGGCGGCCGCCAAGUACGUGUGUGACAUCUGCGCACGCGGUUUUCGCCAGCGGUCCGAUCUGCUAACGCACCAGCUGACGCACAGUGCCGAGGGGCUGGAGAAGCUCAAGAUCCAGUGCGAGCGGUGCCACAAAUGGAUGAAGAACAAAAAGUCCAUCUGGACGCACCGGAAGAUCUGCCAGAGCACGGGGCCGAUCGCGUGCGAUAUUUGCGGCAAGAUGGCACCCAAUCCGGCGCAGCUCAAGAGCCACAAGAAGUACAUGCACCACGACCAGCGGGUGCACCAGUGCAGCUAUUGUGAGAAGGCAUUCAAAAGGCCGAUCGAUUUGAAGGAACACGAAACCAUCCACACCGGUGAGGUGCUGUACACCUGCAAUUUCUGCACGAAAACGUUCAACUCCAACUCCAAUCUGUACUCGCACCGGCGGAAAAUGCACCCGGUCGAGUACGCCGACUGGAAGCAUGCGCUGCAAAUGAAAAAGCAACCGGCGGACGUGCAAGCGGCCACGACGGUCGCUGCAACGGCUGUGGGAACAACCGCGGUUAGCGCUGCGACUGCAAUCGCAAUUCCAGAGCUACCUCCGUUCCUUCCGGGAUUGAUUCCCGGUGGUGUGCUACCGCUGAUGUCAUCGCAACCGUCCGAGGACGGAUCAGCUUACUCCUGAGCAAGGGAAGGUUGCGACGAUUUUCCCGGUAAGUACGUAGUAGUAAGUAAAUAAGAUUUGUGUGUUUCCUAAUCCGAGUUGGUGACUGUACUGUACAUAAUAAAGUGAGCUCUGAAGUCA